CCGUUUCGCGUAUAAUUGGGACGCCCUAACCAACGAGUCAUCGUAUCACAGAGAGAGAAAGCUUUGCAUUGACGUCAAUGGAUGCCAGUGGCUCACGUUUCCACCUAGCCAAGCAAGCAGUUUCUGAAUUUCAGUCAUGUUGCAUAACGUUAAAAAAACCAUCGUCGGAGUGCGAUUUUCACGAUUUUUGCACCCGGAAACCGCGCGAAAUGUCCGCUGACUCCGGGAGGUGGUAACCGCCCCCAGCGGCCGCCCAUUCGUUCGGGUCUUCGCCGCGUUGAUGGUGAUGGUGCGUCCAAGAGCGUGAAUGUUGUGUGCGGGAAAGGAUGGAUCACGUGCUGUCCCUGUUGGCGUUUUCCGGGAGCGGUUUCAAGAAUGGCGAUAAGGAUAUCGAAGUGAGCGAUUUUUGGAAACGGAAGAAGGCGGUAAGGGCCGGAUCGCCGCACGGGGCGUUCAAGAGAUGGCGCAAGUCGGCGGGGUUGAAGCUGGCGGAGUCGAAGAGUGCCAUCAACGGAACCAAAGUUGACAAAAACAGCGGAGAGGAGGAUAUGUCGCUGCUCAAAUUUUUGGCCAUUAACGCGCUAGACCUCAGCGCUCCGGCCAGCGACGUCCUAUUGAAAAGUCGCAGCAGCAACUGGUUUCAAUUAAGCGGCCACCCUGACAGUUUGGCCCCAGCCGGGCCCGGCACUGUGUGGAAGAAGCGGUCGGGGGGCGCCGAAGACACCGAACGCGGCGUCUACGAGGAGCUGUCGCAGGACCCGGUCCUGUGCGACAUCAUCCCCAAGUACUACCGGGAGGUGGAGUACCAAGGCGAGAAAUUCAUCGAGCUGCAGGACCUCCUGCACGGCUUCCAGGACCCCUACGUGGUCGACAUAAAGAUGGGGACGCGGACGUUCCUCGAGUCGGAGGUGGAGAAGAAGGCGGCGCGCUCGGACCUCUACCAGAAGAUGGUGGCCAUCGACCCGAGCGCCCCCACCGAGGAGGAGCACCGGCAGCAGGCCGUCACCAAGCUGCGGUACAUGCAGUUCCGGGAGCUGCAGUCGUCGACGUGCAGUCACGGCUUCCGGAUCGAGGCGAUGAAGUGUCGGGGCUCGCCCCCGGUCACAGAUCUCAAGAAAGUCAAGUCGAGUCAAGAGGUGUUCAACACUUUGGACAUGUUCCUGGGCGGGCGGGAGGAUGUCAGGCAAAGACUGCUCGCAAGACUGUGCGAAAUUAGGAGUAAGAUCGAACAAGCGGAGUAUUUCAAGACGCGGGAAGUGGUCGGGAGCAGUCUCUUCAUCAUCUACGACGAUGCGAAGGUCGGGGUGUGGCUGAUCGACUUCGCCAAGACGAAUAAGCUGCCCGAGGGGACGGUGGUCGACCACAGGCGGCCGUGGGUGCAGGGGAACCACGAGGAGGGGCUGCUGUUCGGGCUGGAUCGGCUCAUUUCGGUGAUCGAGGAUUUGAAAAUGCCGGAGAAGCGGAAACCCGGGGAGUUCGAGAAGUCGCUGCCGGCGGUUAGUGUCAAGUCUUGAACAGUUUGCGUUGAAUUGUUGGGAAUCGAGCUGGCCGUCCGUGGGGCGGAGAUGUGGUCCAUGUUUUUGGGGUACUUUGUUGUUGUUCGUGUUGUGGCCCGAAAGGCUUUUGUAUUAAUGUUUUUAUGACAAUUUGCAAGUAUUACAAUGAACAAGUGAUUUAUUAUUUUGUACUUGACUAUUACUUAAUAUUCGUUUUUCUAGUCACUGUUCUUUAAUUUAAUUGCUAAUUAUUUAUGUUAUGUAGUGUAAGAAAUAAAGUUACCAGCGAAUAAGGGAAAAUUGUAUAUAAUUGCGAGUAAUUUGUAUACUGUUAAAUUAUCUUUUUUCAAUAUUCAUGUACUUAGAAAUAAAAAUUUCGUUGAAACAA